CCUUUAACCCCAAUCAGAUUUAAAGCUGUUUGAAUUUUAAAUGAAAUGCAGUUCUCAUGCAUUAUGCAGUGUCAGGUGUGUCAUGUAUACCCAUGUCAUUCUGUAAAGAUAGAUGUCUGAGCAUGACUGAUGUCAUGUCUCGCUUACUAGAGAAUCUUUCGUUUUUCUCAGCCAGUGAAUUCUUGUCUCUUUUGUAGAGCAGUAAAUGUGUGUAAUUCACAGUGCAUUUCUCCUUCACAGAGCUUGUCUAAAGGUUAAAUAACUCUACAAAGGAAAGAAUAUUGUAUGAGCCAUCUGACUUACACAUUGAUGAUGGACAAACACAUAGUAAAUGAAAGGGUAUUGCAUUUUGCCCUGGACAUCAUCUGCCUGCUGACUGGAGAGGAUUACAUUGUUGUGAAGAAGUCCAGUGACCAUACCUGUCUCAGCCCUGUGCCUCUACCUCACUCACUAAUCCAUGAGAGAAACAAUGAGCAGAAGAUCCUGGAACUGACCAGUCAGAUCAUCCACCUUCUGACUGGAGAGGUUUCUAUAAGGUGUGAGGAUUCCACUGUCUAUUUCUCCAUGGAGGAAUGGGAGUAUUUAGAAGGACACAAGGAUCUCUACAAGGACACGAUAAUGGAGAACCACCAGGCCUUCAGCUCAAAGGGUUUAUUCAAGAUUACACAAAACUUUAUUAGCAAAGAAGAGGAGUUUGAGAAUUACCCGGGAGACAACUUGUCAAACUCUAAACUCAACAAUUGUUUUCAAAAUGCAACUAAAGCAGUAGAUUCAUGCGAAGAAGAAAAUGUAGCAAACACUAGUAUAGAGACAGACAAUCUAGCUCACAUUAAAGGGGAAUCAGCCUCACGUGAAGACAGAAAUGAAACAGAUAUUAAUACACCCACAGCACAAACUGAAACAGAAUAUCCACCUACUCAUAUUAAGGAGGAACCAGACUUGUGUGAACCAAGAAAUCUCACCGGCGUACAUACGCCGACAGAACAUACAACAGUAGAAUGUCCAUCUAUUCAUAUUAAGGAUGAAUCCGUGUUGUGUGAAGAAGGAAAUCUUACAGACACUGCCAUUCAUACAGUCACAGAAAAGACACGGACAGUGUGUCCAUUUACUCAUAGGAAGGAGGCAUUGGCAUCACAUGAACAAGCAAAUUUAACCAGCAUUUACAUGUCCAUGAAACAUACACAUAGAAAAUGUGUUUUUACUGAUAAUGAAGAACCAUCCUCAAAUCACUGUGAAAAAUGCUUUGCUUUCAAGUCAUUGCUUGUUGGACAUCAGAAAUGUAACACAAAUCAAAUACUUUACUCAAAUACUGACCAUGGGGAAAUGUAUAAUCCGCAACCAGAUCUUGCUGGACAACAGGUAUCUCACAUAGAAGAGAAACGUUUCUCAUGUUCGGACUGUGAGAAAGGUUUUAUCACUAAAUCAAAGCUUAUUUUACAUAAGAGAACUCACUCGGGAGAGAAACCUCAUUUAUGUUUAGAAUGUGGGAAGGGUUUUAUUACUAAAUCAUAUCUUGCUAUACAUAAAAGAACUCACUCAGGAGAGAAACCUUACUCAUGUUCUGAAUGUGGGAAAUGUUUUAGCCACAACUCAAGUCUUGUUAAACAUCAGAGAUCUCACUCAGGAAAAAAACCUUACUCAUGUUUUGAGUGUGGAAAAUGUUUUAGUCAACAAUCAGAUCUUGUUAUACAUCAGAGAACUCACACUGGAGAGAAACCUUUCUCUUGUUCUGAUUGUGGGAAAUGUUUUAGCUUGCACUCAAGUCUUGUUAAACAUCUGAGAACUCACACAGGAGAGAAGCCUUACUCAUGCUCUGAAUGUGGAAAAUGUUUUAGCUGUAACUCACAUCUUGUUAGACAUCAGAGAACGCACACAAGAGGAACAUUUUUGAUGCCCUAGUUUGUGUUAUCUAAAAACGCAAGACCAUAACUAUUGGUAAGUUGAGCAUGCUGCUCCCCCUCUCAGAUUUGAUAAUGGCUAAGAAACUCUAUCAUUUUUAAAAAUGAGUACAGCUUUAAGCAUGUCCCUUUAGAGCGGUCAGUCAGGCCCCUGUGAUUUUCAGUUACACUCUAUCUGAGCAUUUCAAAAUAUGAAACCGUUUCACAGUGAAUACAUGCUUAACUGGGAUACAGGUCCAUUAGGGCAAGAAACAUACUAUUUAAAGACUAUCACUCAGACAUCUUCCCCAACUCAAAUUUGCAGAGGCCCUCUUCACAUAUCUACAAUUUCUUGUAAAUAGAUGGUGUAUUUGUAGGUGUUUUUUUUUAUGGCUAAUGUAUUUUGUUUUUAACAUUCU